CUGGGGACGGGGGGUUUAUCAAUUGAUUAAGUUUCCCACUCACUUCUACCUCGCUGCGCUGUUAAUAUUUGGAUUUCAGGGUGGUUCCUCCACUCCGGCCGUGAGGAAUCCGCGGGUCCCAAAUCAGUUUUCCCCCUACCGCACACUCCCCAGACAUCAGCCUGAAGAAGCGACUCGACCCGAAACGUCACCCGUUCAUUCUCUCCAGAGAUGCUGCCUGUCCCGUUGAGUCACUCCAGCUUUUUUGUGUCUAUCUUCGGUUUAAACCAGCAUCUAUCUGCAGUUCCUUCCUGCAAAAUGAGAUUCUGUGUCUUGGGCAGGUUGCAUGUGCGUGCCUUUGGUACAGGACCUUGCAUGUUCUUAGAGGACGGGGUGUGGCUGUGGUCCUUUAAUUGCCGCGCCGCUCACCCACGCCUACAUUGAAUUGGCAUGCUGCCAUUGAAUGGCGUUCAGCUCCUCUGCUUCAGUGGUUGAGCGGAGUUUGAUGUUCUAAACAAGUUGUCCGGACCCAAAGAUGCUGCUGCCUGACCCGCCGAGUUACUCCAAAGUUUGGUAUUUUUCUGGUUCAGAUUUAUAGCGUGGCUGUUGGUUGACGGGGUGCCAGGAUUACCAGUUUUAAUGCGGCCCUUCCCAUCCACCCUGGCCCCGCCGUGCUGCCCCGUGGGCCAUUUGGAAUGACGGAUGUAACCUCUUUCAUCGCGGUUUCGCCCACUCCUGGUUACAAAGUGUUGAACCAAACCGCCGAGUGCCUGGUCGACAAGAUCUUCCAGGACAGGUUGAUCUCCAUCACCUACGUGUUUGUGUUCGUGGUGGGUUUCUGCACGAACGCCUCGGUGCUGGCCUGCCUGUGUUUGAGGCGGAGGAAAUGGCUGAACGGGGAUUUCUUCGUGUUUCACCUGGCACUCGCGGACCUGUCCUAUGUGCUCACGCUGCCUUUCUUCGUGGCCUAUUACUCCGCCCGCGCCCGCUGGGUUUUUGGCAAAGGCUUCUGCCGAAUUUGCAGGCUGGUUUUCCAUCUGAAUUUGUACGGGAGCAUCGGAUUCCUCACCUGCAUCAGCGUGCAGCGUUACAUGGGCAUCGUACAUCCGAUGAGGAUGUUGGGACGAUGGAAGAGCCGACACUCGGCUCAGAUCAGUGCCCUGGUCUGGACCUUGGUUCUGCUCCAAACCUUAAUGGAUUUCUAUUUCACCAAUACUAACGCCGAGGGCACAAAGUGCUACGACACUGUGACAAACGAAGAGGUGACCUCUUACCUGUUGUACGUCAAGGUGGUUUCAGUGACUGGAUUCCUGAUUCCCUUUCUAAUCAUCAUAGCAUGUUACUGUCAAAUCGCGGUGGUGCUCAGCAAAAACCGUAGCAUGGACAGAGGUCCCAUGAAACGGUCCCGGAACCUUGCCAUCAUUAUUAUGCUGUUGUUUUCCGUUUGCUUUGCGCCUUACCAUCUGUUGCGAUAUCUCAAUUUGACUUCCAGGCACUAUCAGUUGGAAGGUUUCUGUGCGCGAAAUACCAGGUCGAUUUACGUGUACUACCAGGUCACCAGAGGGUUGACCAGUUUAAACAGCUGCAUCGACCCGUUCAUCUACUUUGUAGCCAGGGACGGAGUGGUGGCGAGAAUGAAAACGUUCAGUGUAAAAAUGCGCGGCUUAUUCAACGGCGCCAGAGAAAACCACCCUUCACUGCCGCAAGACGUUUUAUUACCGAAAAACCACCCUUCAGUUCCGCAAGACGUUUUAUUACCAACUUGGUACGAAACAGUCGUGUGAAUCCAUUUAAAUGCUUUAGAUAACCAUCGCGUGUGUGAGGAAAGAAUUGCAGAUGCUGGUUUACACCGAAAAUAGACACAAAAUGCUGGAGUAACUCAGCGGGCCAGACAGAGAAGGAAUGGUGAUCGAAACAUAGAAACAUCGAAAUUAGGUGCAGGAGUAGGCCAUUCGGCCCUUCGAGCCUGCACCGCCAUUUAAUAUGAUCAUGGCUGAUCAUCCAACUCAGUAUCCCGUACCUGCCUUCUCUCCAUACCCUCUGAUCCCCUUGGCCACAAGGGCCACAUCUAAUUCCCUCUUAAAUAUAUCCAAUGAACUGGCCUCAACUACCCUCUGUGGCAGAGAGUUCCAGAGAUUCACCACUCUCUGUGUGAAAAUGUUUGUUUCUGGUCGAGAUCCUUCUUCAGACAAUUGCAGAAUCCACGGAUAAUGUUUGAUAUUGAAUAAUUCAAAAUAAUCUUGGAUUGAUAUAAAAGAUAACUGAUGAAACUCAAAGUUUUUAAACAAUUAGAAUUAUUAAAGCUCUUGCAAACAUCUAAUUUCAGUCGUUGUAACUAUCACAGUGUUAAUAACUGAUAUUGACAAGGAUGGACAUAUCUUGGUCUGUCCUGGGGCGUGUAUGAAAAGAAACAAUACAUUGAAUUCCUAAAAAAAACGUUCUUGAAUGCUGUGUUUUUCGGUGAAAUUCGGCUGUGGUAGUUGCAGUCUUUAUUAACGACGCUCACAGUGAGACACUGGGUAACUGGGAAUCUCUGCAUGCUGUGCCUUCUUCUUCAAGUGUGCUUUCUGGUAUUUCGCCAAAGGAUGUAGCACCGUCUCUUGCACCGUGAAGAUUAUAAAGCACCAAUGAUUACGCAGGAAAUACGCCAAAUGUGUGAUGAGUGAAACUGCCGCCAACGCUUACAGCCACUGGAGAGGUGGGGACAGGUGUCGCGAAACAGGCUCAAGGCAUGCCGACCAAGGUGCCCGUCGAAGCUUGUCCAAUUUGCCCUCUGAAAGAUGCUGGUUAACUCAGGAGGGAACUGCAGAUGCUGGUUUAAACCGAAGAUAGACACCAAAUGCUGGAAUAACUCAGCGGGACAGGCGGCAUCUCUGGAGAGAAGGAAUGGGUGACGUUUCGGGUCGAGACCCUUCUUUAGACUUUACCAGACCGUUAGCAGGUCGCUUGCAGAGUUGCUGUUUCAAAUCCAGCUAUUUGUGUCCUCAAAUGAUCCUGUUCAUUCGCCGCUGGAUGUAAAACAUUCUCAGCAAUAAAUGUGGCAUUAGACCUGGAGAAAUGCCCAUUGACAGGGAAAAUACUGUACUAUAAUGGAAGCACAUUUUCCACUUUGUAUCUACCACUCGGUUUUUUAUCGUGUGUCAACUAUUGUGUCACCGUGAGUUCACAUUACAAUGUAUGACACAUGUAUUACUCGUUAUGCCAUAUUCCAUGAAUGUUGAACAUCCAAAUACAAAUUCUACAGACAACUUUUCGCACCACUGGAACAAUUUCAUCGGAGGAUAUAGUUCAUGUUUCUUUGGAUGGUAAACCAUGUAUUGUUUAACACUUCUGAGUUAUAAAUAGCUUUCGUCGAUACUCUGUUAUUUUGUUAUCUGGAGCUGCGCUUUAUAUUUAUGUUGUGGGUUAUACAGAAUAAAAACAAUUAAUGAUGGAAAUCUGAAAUAAAUUUCAGAAAACUGUGGUGAUACCGAGUGAAGGCAGAUACGGGUUAUUGAUUGGGGACGAUCAGCCAUGAUCACAAUGAUUGGCGGUGCUGGCUCGAACGGCCGAAGGGCCGCCUCCUGCACCUAUUUUCCAUGUUUUUGUGUUUCUAUGAAUGAGGCCGUGUCUGUGGAGAGUAUAAGUUAAUGUUUCCCAUGAAUGAAUCUUCAGAAGAACCAGAUGCAUGUUCAAAAUGGAGAGGUGAAUCUAGUAGCGAGAACAAAGGACAUGUUUGUAUAGUAAGGUCGGCAGAUGAUGAUACAACUAAUGUUGGUGCUAUCGGUGGGACGUUAAUGCUAGUUACUUAAGAAGUGUGUAGGAAGAAACUGCAAAUACUGGUUUCCACCAAAGAUAGACACCGAAUGCUGGAGGAACUCAGUGGGUCUAGCAGCAUCUCUGGAGAA